UUAAAUAUGUGGUCUAACUAUACAAAGGAUACAUAAACUAGCAAUACUAAGUGGAAUACAAUUAAAAUAAACUAUAAAAUAUUGUGUUAACAAAACUACAAAUAAGUUCGUUAUUUUGGGAUCUGUCCAGUUUCAAGCAAUAUUCCAACUGGUGGAGAGUAUGAGUUGGCCUAAGCUACAUGAUUGUACAAUAUAGGGUAAACGUCAAAGUGCAAAACUUCCAGUUGGUAUUAACAACUAAAGAGGAAGGAAGGCGCAAUUGCACUUUGUCUCCCAGGAAGAAGAAUAAGUAGGAGGAGUUUCCUCAAUAUUUUUUCCACCGGGCUGCGCGAAAUCUAAAUACUGUAGGCUAAUAUCGUCAGACCGUAUGUAAGUUUAAAAGAAAUGUAGCCUAUGACAGCACAUCAUCUAUACACAUAGCCCACACAAUUAUUAUUUCAUUCGCAAAUGAGUUAAGCGCGUUUGUAAAUGUAAUUUCUUACCCUGUACCCCAUUUAGUCUCCGCGGGGUUAUUCCUCUAUGUUAAACGAAACUUCCAAGGUAAAAGAUUGGGGAGGACAGAUUAUAGGAUAGUUUAUCUACCUACCCAUCUACGAUGUUCUACAUUUAACCUCCACGGUCACUGUGUGAGAAAUCUGAUUUGUCUGUUUCAUUGGCCGUCUGCCUGUGCUUUGCGUCAGACGAGGCUAUACGCUCUGUAAACCAUCCAAGUGGUAAGGAAAUUCACCAUGGCAUCAUUAAGGAGUCUGGUUGAAGACGACAGCAGGUAUCAGAAGUCUUUUCAGCUGUUUCUGGAUCGCUCUUCCGAGCACCAGUGCAUGCAGGACUUUAUCCAUGGCGUCCUCCCUGACAUACUGUCCAGCAUUGGAGAGGGUAAAGGACACCUGAAUGUCAUGGGAGUUGGGAGUGGGGCAGGUCAGAUUGACCUAGAAAUGUUCUCCCAGCUGAGUCUGAAGCACCCAGGGGUCACUGUCGAAAACGAGGUGGUGGAGCCCAGCGCCCAGCAACUGCACAACUACAAGGUACUUGUGUCAAAAACACCUAAAUUAGAUUAUAUCAACUUCACCUGGAAUAAGAUGACUGCCUUUGAGUUUGAGAAACACUGGAGGGACAACAACAGGACAGAGAAGAUAGACUUUCUUCACAUGAUACAAAUGCUGUACUAUGUGAAGGAUCCUGGUGCCACCAUCUCCUUCUUCCACAGCCUCUUGAGCAAGAAUGGGAAACUUCUCAUAAUUCUUGUGUCAGGUACAAGUGGUUGGGGGAAGCUGUGGCGGACUUAUAGAGCACAGUUGUGUAACACUGAGAUCAGCCAAUGUGUGACUACGGCUGACAUCAAGAGCUUCCUGGACUCCAGAGGUCUCCGCUACCACACCUACGAGCUACCCUCUCAGAUGGACAUCACAGAGUGCUUCACGGUGGGCAAUGAGAAGGGAGAGCUGCUGCUGGAUUUCCUGACAGAGGUGUUGGACUUCAGCAGGACAGCUCCCCCCGAGCUGAGAGCCGGAGUGUUAGAUCUUCUGCAUCACCCUGACUGCAGCACCCAGACAGAUGGGAAGGUCAUGUUCAACAACAACCUAGAAGUGGUGGUUGUCGACCCUCUGACUUAAAUGUAGGAACUCCCUGCCUGCUGGACUAUAGCCUCAGCAUUGAAAACUCUUGUCUAGGAUAACUACAUUUUGGUUAAUGAAUAGCACCGCUAAGAACAUUCCUUAAAGCUCCUGUUGCAAUGCAUUCACAACAUAAAAACUGAUUGGUUGGAGCACCUCAGAUGAGAAGAUGGGCUUUAUAUUUCAUAACCCUGUUAGCAAAGCAUCUAGGGUCAAAUGAGUCAGGUCACUGCAAGAAACUCUCUUUCUAAAUAAAACGUCUGAAUAUGAA